GUCUUCAAAUUCUGCUUCUCAUUCUAAAACCCUAAGAAAUGGAGUAAAAUGGGGUUUCAGCAGUAGAAUCUGAAGGAACCCCAGUGAUCUCAAGUUUGUAAUUUCAGCUGUGGAUGAAGCAAAACAAUAAACCUUACUGAUGGUGAAUACAGACUAUGAAAAUGCAUUCUUGAAAAAGAUUGUGAAAGAAGAGGUAGGUAAUAUUGAUGCUGAUUACAAACUUUUGAUUAUUUCAGUUCAUGCUGUAUUUUUAGAAUCUGGGUUUGUUGCUUUUGAAUCAAAUAGAAAAAUUGAUAGAUUAAAUCUCUGUAAAGAAUGGUCAGAAUCAAUAAUUUUUGAACAAAAGUAUACACUUCCUAGUCUAUUGAGUUGUGAUGGUAUUGGUCAUGAUUCGGUUGAAACCCUGACUUUGAUUUAUGUUACAAAUUCUAUGAAAGAUGUGCAAGUUUAUGUUCAUGGUCCAUUAGAACAGAGACUUGGUGGUUCUAAUUUGUUCAUGUUGUGUUUGGGAAAAUCUCAUUUUAUUCCUUCCAUUAAAUUUGUAUGCUUUGACAAUGAUGAAGAAAAUGAAGAAAUUGGGUGUUUUUCAUAUUCAAAUUCUGAUUCAGAAUCGUUCCAUCAAAGUAGAGUUUUCGAAUUUUGGAAGAUUACGAAGGAUAAUCUUGCACUUCCUCUCUUGAUAGAGUUGUGUUACAAGACUGGAUUGACGUUUCCGCCGUCAUUUAUGAUAUUGCCCAUGGAUAUUAAGCUCAAGAUACUAGGGUUUCUUCGAGUAACAGAUAUUGCAAACAUGGCUUGUGUUUCUAAAGAAAUGAAACACAUUUGUUCGAACAAUGAUAUAUUGAAACGAAAGAUUGAAGAGGAGUUUAAGAAGAUAUCUGAUAUAAAGAGAAUUUUUUUGGACGGGCAAGGGAGAUUGGAAGGAAAUGUGAAAAUACCCUGGGAAAGACGGUUGUUAUACACCUUAGAGUGCAAGUUUACCAGACACAAAGACUGAACUCAAGUUUGCACUCGUCAAAUCCUUGGUGAAAUAUUACUAUAUGUAUCUCGCGCCUUCUGUAAGUGAUCACAUUCCUUAUGAAGAGCUAUUUUUCUUUUUUACUUAAACAGAAAAAUAUAUACAAGAUACUUUUCUAAUAAAUGUUGUUUCUUGGUUGUAAAUCUGAUAGUACUUGCAUCUAGAAUGUGGGAUAUGAUUUACAUGAUAAUCAUAUGAAGAUAGAAGCUAUAUUGUGUAGUUCAUUACUUCAAACUGUAUAAAAUACUGACAAUCAUAUAUACUUAUUUGAAUUCUGGUAUUUAGUUUUAGACCCCAAAACGGGACAUCUUAUUGUUGGCUA